AUGCGAUUGAUUAAUUAUUUUAUAAUUCUGAUAAUUAUCGCUAACUCAAUCCAAUGUGUUAGAAUUCGAAGGAAUCGAAAGUAUGGAAGACAACCUAGCACAACUGUCGAGACAAAUGGAACUUUGCCAUUGGAAUUGUCUGAUUUAAAAAUAGAAAACGUGACUGAAAUAUUCGUUACACAAAAUCCUGACACAUCUUCAAUUACACUAAAGGAAGUCGAAAGUCUUGUGGAUAAUUUUAAGUCAUCGAAGUAUGAAAAUUUUACAAAAGCAGUGCCAAUUUACAGUGUCAGACAGUUUUCUGAGAAGGCACGGAUAAUAAAUAUUGAAGCAGAAAGACAUUCGGAAUUGAGGGAUCUUGAGCUGGAGUGCAAAUUUGGAAAUGUCUCAGAUUACUUAUCAGUUGAGACUCCUGGAAGGAAAUUCUACACAUGCGAAAGUUUCAAUUUACGUGUCACGACAGACAAUACUUACAUCACAUCUGUUGCCGGCGAACAUAAAGAAUCAAUGGAGAAUCACAAUGUCAUCUUAUUCCGCAAUAUAUUUUCAAAAUCAAGAUUCUUACCAAAUGGAAUUGGAAAUUUCUUCCCAAACUUGCUUCAUCUAUAUGUCCCGAGUUCACGCUUAAAAUUCAUAAAUCGCAGAAACUUUAUCAACAUGAUGGAUUUACACACAUUAGAUGUUCGUUAUAAUGAAAUAGAGACAUUACCAAACGAUGUAUUUUUAGACUUGUUUAAUCUUGAAAUACUCUCGUUAAGCGGAAACUUUUUGAAGCGACUUCCACCAAAUGCAUUCAUAAACUUACACAAUUUACGCUACAUUGAUGUGAGCGAUAAUGAAAUAACAAUUUUUGAUGAUGAAAUUUUAUCGACGAAUCUGGAAUUGCAGGAAAUGCUGUUUGAUCAUAAUCGAAUUAAAGACAUUAAGGCUAAUUUUGAGCGAUUUAAAGACAUUGGAUUUAUUGAUUUAAGAGGGAAUUUAUGCAUUGAUACACUGUAUUUAAAGGAUCAUCCAGAUUAUCCUUUACUGUUUGAGUUUCAAGAGGAAAUCAAUUACAAUUGUACACAGCGUGUUUCACGCGAUAUUAAGCUUCUUGAUGGAACUGCAGACAUUUAUUUAAAUUGGGAAUUGUGCUCAAAGAUGAAGCUACCAGCUAAUUUAAUGAGUAGGAAAAUGUGCUUGACUGAAAGAAAAAUUAAUUAACAAAUUUUUAUUGAAUUCUAAUUCGUUUAUUUUUAUUUCACAAAAUUUAUGAUUUUUAACAUAAUAAUAAUUCUAUGUACAGCUA